GGGUGAUAGUAGUGAGCGCACGCCAUUUCCACCAUACCUCCUCUCACGAUAGCUGUGGCUACGUGUCGCGUGCCACUCACUCCGGUCUCGCACACACCCAGGGGAAUGCACAGCGAGACAUGAAAACCUCGCAACGCGGAGCCGUGAUGGGAACGUUACAGACGGAGAGAGCGAGAGAACGCGAGAGAGAGAGCGCCUGGCGCGCUCUCAGCUCGCUGGGACACCUCGUCUGUCAGCCGGGGGUUCUGGAGACUUCUCGACUGCGUACCCGAUGCAGGCAUUGCAGCUGCGUGAGCCGCGGCCCUUCGCCCAUUUCCCCUUUCGACAUCGGGGGGGCGGUGGGGGUGUAAACGCCAACCCCAGCCGCAAGCCAAGAUCGCAUUCUCUCACUCGCUUCCAACUUUUAUAGAUAAUUUUGGUCGCGAAAGUCUUAAGUGUUAAACGCGCAACUUUCCUCAGGCGGUCCAGGACCAGGCCAGGCAGUCGAGAUUUAGAAUCUUAGGGUCGUAGGGGAACUCUCACCACCACCACCAUCGCGGCCCUGGGUGUCUGGGAGCAGCUCGCGGCGGUCUGAGAGAGAAGCGCGGUCGAUGUUGAAUUCAGUCCGCGACGAGGUGCGAGGCCGCGCGGAGAAUUGGAUCGGCGCAUCGUCGAUGUGAUGCCUGCGUCUGCUUGGAAUGAAUCGUGAUCACGGGAAUCGCCCAACCUCUUCGGUGCCCCACGGAGAUCGACUCGAUUAGAGAGAAGAGAAGGAGGUGGAGGAGCAGGAGAGGAUGGUGAUGAGUGGAGACACACGCAGACUCGCCUGACGCCAAGAGACUCGGGAACAGAGGAGACAGAUAGGAUAUUUGAUACCAAGACAUCACAGACUCAUAGACAAGAAGAUUCUGGCACGAGAAGAUUCCGAGACUCGGGUGCGAGAGACAAAGCCAACUUGUGAGAGGGACUCCGACAACUCCGACUCUCCGCCACUGGGACACGGAGCGCACACGCACACAGGGACUCGCGCAACUCAGAGAACGCCCGUACAGGGGGGUGGGUGACGGUGUCGCUGUCGCUCGCUAGCGGGUGAGAGCCAUGGACGCGAGCGGGGAGCCGCUGCCCUACUACUUUGGCCACGUGGGCCGCGACGAGGCCGAGGGCCACCUGCGCGCCACCGGCUUCGUCGAGGGCCUCUUCCUGCUGCGCAAGAGCACGAGCACGGUGGGCGGCCUGGUGCUGUCCGUGGUGUGCAGGGGCCGCGUGCACCACUACGAGGUGGAGCCGCGGCCCUACGACACGGGUCCAGGUCUGGAAGGGCGCGGGUACGGGAUCGACGGGGGGCGCACGCACGCGGGUCCUGCCGAGCUGUGCGCGCACCACGAGCAGGGCGCCGACGGGCUGUGCUGUCCCCUCGUGGUGCCCUGCCACCGCCCCGACGGGACCCCCCCGCGCAGCGGAUACUUCGAGGACGUCAAGGACCAGACGAUCCGAGACUACGUGCGCAAGAAGUACCACGUGGAGGGUGCGGAGGCAGACGCCCUGAUCAUGAGGCAGAGGCCCGACCUGGAGAAGGAGGUGGCAUCGUCUCUGCACGAGAAGCUGCCCUGGUUCCACGGCUCCAUCUCCCGCAAGACGUCCGAGGAGCGACUCCUGUCGCAGCGCCAAGUGCCCAACGGCCGCUUCCUGAUCCGCCAGCGGAACACGGGGGGCUCGUUCGCCAUCAGCCUGGUGUUCAAGAAGAAGGUGUUUCACUACGUGGUGGACACCGACAAGUCCACCAAGUUGUCCAUCCCCGAAGGCCGCAAGUUUGACGCCCUGUGGCAGAUGGUGGAGCAUUACAGCAUGAAGGAGGAUGGACUCAUGUGCGCGCUAGGGGAGGCGUGCAUCUGCCCCGAGUACGUGGAUCUGUAUGGAAACUACGUGGAUCAGGCGAGAACUCACGAACCCACGCGCAAGAAUUGGUUUUCUUCAUCCUUCCCCAGCGCCCUGCGGCUGAAAAACCUCAUCCCGGCCAUCACCAAUGGAUUCUCCAGUCCGGAGCCGCCCAUCGAGAACCCAGGCCCGGUACAGAAUAACGUGUACUACUCGAAGCCGCCGCUGCCCGGAGCUGCGGUGAGCGACCCGGAAGGAGAGGGUGUGUACAGUGACCUCAGUGACCUCCGCUGCAUCUACCUCAACCGCAACCUCCUGCAGCUACAGCACAACACGGAGCUGGGCUCGGGAAACUUCGGCACUGUGCAGAAGGGAACCUACACCUUGGCGGGGAAGGAGGUGCAGGUGGCCGUCAAGGUCCUCAAGCCCGUGGAGAACCAGGAGACGCUGAAGAAAGACCUGAUGAAGGAGGCGGAGCUGAUGCACCAGCUGGACCACCCGUUCAUCGUGAAGAUGUUCGGGGUGUGCGAGGGAGAGGCGCUCAUGCUCGUCAUGGAGAUGGCCCCACUUGGGGCCCUCAACAAGUACCUCCGCGAGCACCGGUACAGUGGCACGAUGCCGGUGGAAAACAUCCUGGAGCUGAUGCACCAGGUGUCGGCCGGCAUGAAGUACCUGGAGGAGCGCAACUUCGUGCACCGCGACCUGGCGGCGCGCAACGUGCUGCUGGUGAACGAGCGCUACGCCAAGAUCAGCGACUUCGGCCUCUCCAAAGCCCUCGCCAGCGACGAGUACUACAAGGCCUCGAACGUGGGCCGCUGGCCCAUAAAGUGGUACGCGCCCGAGUGCAUAAACUACCGGCGCUUCACCAGCAAGGGCGACGUGUGGAGCUUCGGGGUGACCAUGUGGGAGGCCUUCUCCUUCGGCAGCAAGCCCUACCCGAAGAUGAAAGGCCACGAGGUGCUGGUGUUCCUCGAGAGCGGGAUGCGUCUGGACAAACCGGAACAUUGCCCGGACCCCGUCUACCAAAUCAUGCUCGCGGCCUGGAACCUGAGUCCGGACGCGAGGCCGAUGUUUCACGAGAUCGACAUGCAGCUGGAGUCUCUGAAGAACGAGACGCUGAACCUAGGCCAGGAUACCUUGCUGCCCAAAAUGCCGUCACGGAGGAGCACCACCAGGCCAUGAGGGUGGCCACAGAGGGGGCUCUCUUCAUGCAGGCCUCACUCUCCUGCCAAUUGCAGGCCACGCCCACACACCCUCUACCCACGUAGGCCUCACUCUUCCCCGCAUGCAGCCUUCAUUCCACAGAGAAUCGUCGUAUGUGAAGCUUCUUCCUUCUUUACAGGCCUCAUGCAUACACAGAGGCAUCUUCUCACAUGCAAUCUUCACCCACGCACAUUUACUCUAUCCUAUCCAUGCAGGCCUCACCCACACAGAGAGUCUCUUAUUUUCAUGCAAGGCCUCCACUCUAUUCAUACAGCCAGGGCAUCUACUCCAUUCAUACAAACCAGGCAUCUACUCCACCACAGGCCAUGCCACACACUCUGCUUCUCAUGCAGGCCUCGCCCACACCGAUAUAACUUUUUAUCUGCAUGCUGAUUGCACUCACAGAGAACCUUAUCAUUGAUAAUCGUCAUUCAUGAACAUUUAUAGAAUGGCCCUGGUCAUGGGAAUGUGGAAUUUUCACCACAUUUGUAUUGCUCGAUUGGACAGGGAGAAGCUUUUACUUGUGUGUAUGUUGAACUUCUUUCGCACCGUACGUAGCCGGCCGUGUUAUUAUUUUUUACUUGUAAAGUACAGGAUGCACGGAUAUAUUUAAAUGUACAUGUGUGUGUAAGUGCAGAGGGGAGCGGUAGUGUAGCAGUUAGCGUGCUCCGCUAUGAACCCGGCGACCCGAGUUCGAUUCCCGCUCACAGUCAACACAACUGACGAUUAUCUGAACCGGUCCUGGGCUUCCUCUAGGUCAGCCUCAAAUGGGUACCUGGUGUGGUGUUUGAGAACAUCGCCACUGGGGAGACAAAGGCGGUCGGGCGUGGUGUUGGCCACCCACCCCCUCGGCCUUCAUAGGUGCUCGCUAACAGCACUUGCCCCUACAGUCUGUAAUGUCAAUACGGUGGAUCUUUGUUGGAGGCAGUCGCCCUCCAACAACAACUGAGGGCAGAUGAGCGACACUCACAACAAUGAGCGGAGGGCCGGGCGGGUAAAAUACAGAAAGUUGGCAUUGCAGGGGGUACAGCUGGUGGUGCAUCUACCGGUCAUUUCAGUCAGCCAACCCAUGACACCUGCUGGGUCUGUCUCGAGACCUCCUCCUGUCAGCGAACCUUCGACACUUCACGUGGCUUCAAAGUGCACCUAGCCUGGCACAGGCACUUUCAUACUAUUACUGAUUUGUUAAAAAGUUUGUUGUUCCGCAUAUAACUCAAUAAUCAACAGCAGCAUAAUCGGGUGGCUGUGUGUUUGUGACCAGAUCUGUAUAAUUUUAUUGAUAUUGGGCACAAGUGUUGGGUGUCUCUCACUUUCCGGAUCAUGCAACGAUCCGGAGAAUUUAGUACAGUAACUGGGGGGAGGGGGGAGAUUCAAAACUGUAAACUUUUUGGGAAAUCCCAAAAUCUAGGGAUAAUUAUUUAACUUUGCUAUUUGAACACAGGCCUACAAAAGUUGGUAUGCUAACUUUUUUAAGAGAAUGCUUUAUUGAAAUAUGGCGUUAAGAUUGUAAAACCAUGAAGUUGACAUUCCUGGUUUUUAACCUCCCCUGGACCGGGGGGCUAAGUUUUAUUCUGCUGCUGUUGCACUCUUUUGUAUUUGUAUCCAGUGCCUAUGCACGUCGGCACCCGGCAGUUUUGUACGGCGGUGAAAUGUAACGCAGCCCGUCGCUUAUCCGCCCCGACCAAUUAAGCACCCACACGCAGUGCAGCACUGGUACACGGCUUAAUUUCCUGUCAUUUGCUCCAGACGUUCACAAAUCCGAGUUAGUCACACGCAGCAUUAGUGAGUUCCUGAACGCGCGAACGUUGGCUGGAGAGUCCGGCUAAGCGUUUGCCCUGUGGCGUUCAUUCUGCGUCCUCUCCAUCCCUGUCGGUAACGGUGUAACUGGCAUCAAUUUACGUAUCCGCCUAGACCUAGGACCCUUGCUUGGCGAUAGUGGUGUCGUACUGUACAGUGUUAUGUUUUCAAUACUUUUCGGAUAAGUGUGACUUUUAAGCCGAUAGAGAUUGUUGGUUGUUUUAUACACACAAAUGUAUAACAUGGGGUGGAGCGGUGGUGUAGCGGUGAGCACACUGCGCUUUGAACCUGGACACCUAAGUUCGAUUCCAAACCUCGGCUAACAUCAGCGGCAGGUGAUAUCUGAACCGAUCUUUGCCUUCUGUCACCUUCACCAAUCAGCACCGACCAGCGAGGUAAAGUAUGAAAAAAUAACCCCCAAGAUUGGCAUGGCGUUUGAAAGGCCUUAAUAUAGCAGUGGACCGACAACUGUACUAUUUCUUCAUUCAGCCAUGUUGUUGUAUCCUGUCGUUUACAUUGGGAUUUUACCUUAUUUUUGUCUUUUGCAUCCCCUUGGCCUAGCCACAUGGACGUGGAAUCUCCAAGACAGCCUGAGAGCUGUAAAUAGGCAAAAUAACCUGCCAAGCAUGAAAACAUUGAUACGUUGUAACUUCCUAAAUGGCUGAGUGGUGUCACUUGCAACUGACACUCUUCUCAGCCUUAUCCAGACCACAAACUGAAUGCGUUGCCAUUUUGUCGUUAAAGAAACACAAUCCCAAACAGUUGAGAAUUGGUGGUCCAAAAUACAACAUGGCCACUCAUUCACUUCUGAGCUAGUGGUCUGGACAAGGCUGAGAGUGAGCAUAUGCUGCACACCUACACGUGUCGUUCACGCUAUUUCCCCUUGUGAGGAGUAUUCUCGUCAUUUAGAUAUUUGAACUAAAACGCUUGCAUGUGACCUGGUUUUGGAAUAAAACGUUGAUGACAGUGUUUGGGUUUGAGACGUGUUAACGUGAAGUAUUUAAGACCGCAAAUAUGUGUUUGUUUUUUUUGUUUUAUUCAUCUUUGCAGUUUUUUUUAUACAACUGCAAAUGUUCUUCGUUAAAAAUGUAACUUUUCAAAUAAGCACAUACAAUAAAAAAGUGAAGUUUCA